AUCUAUCAACCAAAAAUGCCAGCCAUUGACAAAGUCUCAGCAGAAAAACACGAAGGUGAUAUUGUCUGCAUUGCCUCGUAUGGUGAUCAAAUAUUUACCGGUGGUGCUGAUGGUAAAAUUAAAAUUUGGGAUAAGGACUUAAAUCUCGUCAAGAGCGUUGAUGCCCAUGAAUCGUAUAUCUACGCUUUGACCGCCAAUAGCAAGGGCAAACUAUAUUCCAGUUCCUGUGAUGGUUGUGUGAAAUUUAUGCUACCACCCUAUGAUAAAGUUGAAGAACUUCUACGCUGUGAUGAUGUCAUCCAAUCGAUGUAUUGUGAGGGAGAUAUCCUCUUUACCGGCGACGAUAAGGGUGUUGUCUCGAAUUGGGAAAAUGAUAAAAUGAUUUUUAAAUAUAAUCUUGUAGAAGAAGUUAAAUCACUGGCGGCGGAAAAAGGUUGGAUAUACACGGUGCGUGAUUUAGAUAUGGUCAUAUCGGAAAUUGUACCCGGGAAAUCGGGAAAAUAUGUUACCAAGUCUGUACUGCCGGCGAAGUCGCCAUUGUGUUUGGUUGCACCCACUGAUGAUGGACGACAUAAGUACAUUGUGGUGGCCGAUCGUACGGGAAAGGGUUUCCUUGUUGUCAGCAAUGCAAUGGAACAGAAAUUUAAGGUUUUACUUGAAGAAAAGGACAGCCAUGAAAUGAUCAUCAAUGCCAUUUGCACCGAUCAGGUCCAUGUGUAUACGGGUGGUUAUGACAACAAGGUUAAAGGGUGGUCCAAUUUGGAUGAGGGCAAGCUGAAGGCCUUGGGUGAAGUGGACACCGGCAGCUGUGUCAAUGCCUUGUGUUGUGCCAACAACAAGGCUGUCUAUAUUGGCUGCAGUGAUGGUCUUGUGAGACGUGCUACAUUUGUUUAA